AUGGAUAGCAGCAGCUGGAUCCAUGGGUACGCGGCCAACAGCAAUGACGGCCGCGGCGGCGGCUUCAUGGGAGACUACACUGCCAGCUGCAUCCCCGCAGUGUUUCAGUGCAGGAAGCAGGAGCAGGAACUGCUCGCCAGCUCACAGAUUCAGCAACACCUCAAACAGAUCAGCAUGCAGCUGAACAUAGACGACGAGCCAUCAGCGGCGUACAGCAGCCAGCACGGCAGCUCCGUGGUGGACGACUUCGGCUUCCUCCCAAAUUCGUACCACGCCACCGGUGGCUGCAGCUUCCCCUCCUCGUCCUCCACCUCCUCCUCGUUCCGCUCAGCCUGGCUGCCCUGCAGCCCAGAGAACAGCUCCCCGGCGGCGCACUUCCUCGCGGCCACGGCGACCGGACCUCAGUUCCCCGAGGUCUCCUCCUUGCUGGCACCCGGAGUGGUGCUCCCCUACGUCGACCAGUACGCAGCCAACGUCCAGGACACGCCGGUGACAAUGGAGACUAGCGCGAGCGCGUUCAGGCGCUACGAGCGGUGCCGGCACCUCGGCCCCCGGCGGCGGAGGCUGACCAAGCCGGCGUGCGGGCAGAAGAUGUUCAAGACGGCGAUGUCGGUCCUUGCCAAGAUGCACGUGGCGAUGAGGUACAACCAGCAGCAACAUCAGAAGCAGUACUACAAUGACUAUCAGCAAAACCAGCUGCAGCACAUGAUCUCCGAACGCAAGCGGAGGGAGAAGCUCAACGACAGCUUCCAUGCGCUCAGGACCGUCCUCCCUCCUGGCUCCAAGAAAGACAGGGCGUCCGUACUGAUCAUUGCGAGGGAGUAUGUGAACUCUCUAAAGUCCAAGGUCUGCGAGCUCGAGGAGAAGAACCAGGCCCUCCAGUCACAGCUCGCCAGGCGCGCCACCACCGCCCAAGAAGACGACGCCCGCCAGAAGGUCGAGGUCCAGACAUCAAAAGCGGCGGCGGCAGAGGACGAUCAGACCGGGGAGGUUCGCAUGGUGCAGAUGGUGACGAGGCCGGUGGUCGGCAACACGACGGACAUGGUACUCAGGACGCUGCAGUUUCUCAAAGAUCAGAUGGGUGAAGAUGUUAACCUGGUGUCGAUGAGCACCGGCGACGAUAGCGACGGGCCACAUCGAGCAAGCCUGUCCUUGCACCUGAAGUCGGCGGCAGGCACGAAUUGGCAGGAGGAGGCGGUCAGGGAAGCCACCAGGAAGGCCGUGACAAGUCAGCCGCCGGCUGGUUUUGGCGGUGCUGAGUGAUCGAUGGAGUUGGCAGCCAAUGCCCGCGAUCAGCUCUCGUCGUAUCCUGAGACCGCGGUACGUUCGCGAGAGAGACAGCUAUGCACCCCAUCCGCCACAGAUAGGCGCAUUGU